UCGGCUCCGCCCCCUGCUGGUGUAUAGACACAACGCUCUUUCUCACGCACAGGAGGAGACACUCAGGGGGCCGAAGGGAGCGAACCGAACGACGAGCGGGCUGUUUUUGUUGUUGUUGUCCUGGCUUAGGCCUACAGGUCCAGGAUAGACGUCUUCAGCGGCGGGGACACCCCUUUCUUUAUCGUCACUUCCAAACAACGGUGGGAUUAGAGCGAGGACAGCUUCCCGUCGGCCUCCUGUGGCUUCCAACACUAAAAACGGCUUUUGGUCCCGAGCAAGUCAUGCGGCACAGCUAUGCAAACACUGGUUUCCUGAGCAAGUGCAAAUACAGCUAUCGGAAGUCCAAAACCUUCCCUGUCUUUGCGCAUGCAUGAAAAAUCGCCUUCAUGUUCGCUGAGGGGCUCUUCCAUGAGCUGAAGGCUGGGCAGAGCUUAGAUGCAUCUGCACAUGAACAAUAAUGGCGGAGGGUGUUGUUGGUACAGAGUGAGACUGAAGGUCUACUAGAACAUAGCGUGCAGCGUAGAAGAUGGCUCAGGAGACCAAUCAGACUCAAGGACCUAUGCUGUGCAACACAGGAUGUGGCUUUUAUGGGAACCCUAGGACAAAUGGAAUGUGCUCAGUGUGUUAUAAAGAACAUCUUCAAAGGCAGAACAGUGGCCGAAUCAGCCCAAUGGGAGCAGCCGGAAUUUCAACUAGUCCUACUGCUGAGUCAGCAUCUAUACAGAGAGUAGAAACUGCACUAAACUGUGAAAGUGAUGUUGCCAGCCAGUUGGAAAAAGCAAGAAAUGUUGCUGCUUUGCCUGUAACUCAGCAAAUGACAGAAAUGAGCAUAUCGAGAGAAGACAAUGUGACAUCUCCAAAUUCAGAGUCCACAGAACCAGUGGUGACUCAACCAAGUCCAUCAGUGUCUCAGCCCAGCACAUCACAAAAUGAAGAUAAGGCACCAGAGCUCUCAAAACCAAAGAAAAACAGAUGUUUUAUGUGUAGAAAGAAGAUUGGUCUCACAGGUUUUGAUUGCCGUUGUGGGAAUUUAUUUUGUGGACUUCAUCGUUACUCUGACAAGCACAACUGCCCUUAUGAUUAUAAAGCAGAAGCUGCAGCAAAAAUAAGAAAAGAGAAUCCCGUUGUCGUUGCAGAAAAAAUUCAGAGAAUAUAAAUGGCUUACAACUUGUGAAGACUGACUUUUUAUUUUUUUUUCUGAUUUUACUAUAUCCUAGGGAAACAUUAAAGAGCAGAUGCAUGUUUAUUUCUUUCUGAUGUAAUACCUUUUGUGAUGUAUUAUUUUUAUUUUUUUUCCCUAUGAUUUUUAUGUUUGCGUGUGUUACAGGCAAAAUUGACUAGAUACAGCCAUUUUUUUUUUCUUCUCUCCAAGCUCUCAGAAUGUGGACUGGUCAGCAUUAGCCUACACAUUUUCAUUGAAUGCAUAACUGAUUGGGGAAAUGUAAACUAGAGAAUGUGCCAAAAUGUAGGCUUCACAAUCUGCAUGCCUGCAACUAAUAUUGUGCUUGUAGUACAAACAUUGCAACACAGAUAACUAGUGCGCCCCCCCCCAAUAAUACAAAAAAGUGUAAUGUCAAUGCAAGCGUUCUUGGUGGACAUUUUUGUAUUUAAGAGUAUACCAUGAUUAAACUGCAUGGGUUAAAAUGUCCACAAAACUUAUCCAGGAAAUGAUAGUAUUAACAUAACAUACAAACCUAACAUAAUUGUCUUAACACCAAGCCUCUGUGGGCCCAGGGAGUUUUACCACAUUGGCGCACAAUCCUCAGCCUUUGCCCAAGGCCUCUUUCACUCGGAUUUUCCAAUCAGGUCUUCCUGGAGUUUUUUCAGGCAGACCCAAUCGGAACCUCCAUUGUUCUCUAUGGAGUGGUGGGUGUAAGCGGACAUGUGUCCGUUUUACACCCGCCUACAUCCAUUUUGAUUCACCAAAAACAGGCCACUGGGGAUCUGUUCCCCUUCUGUCUAGCACAUCGGGUGUAAAUGGGCAGGUGGUCUGUUUACCUUCGGCCAUCCAUAGAGGAGAGCGGUCUGUGUUCGUCUCUGCUCUGCAUGAGCGGAGUGGACACGUACCUGUCAUCCGGCUGCCAAGUGGGGAUCAGUGGAGAGAUUCCCUGCUGAGCAAGUGGGUCGCAGUCCGCCCCAUGUGAAAGGGGCUUUAGAGCUUUGGCAGCUGAGUUUGCCUGCAUUUCUUUCUGGGUGGCAUGCCCAAGCUCUCUCGAAGUUUAGCAUGUGGAUUGUGUGCAGAGGCUCCUCCCCCCAAGUGCACAGAUUUUCUUGACGGGUAAACUCAUGAGUAGGCAGCUUUUUAGGGAUGUGUUUUAUGUUGAUUCAAGGCUCAUUUAAAAAUGUCCUGGUUUCCGUUUCCUUUCUCUCCAAUUGGCAAGUAUGAGCACAACCCUGGUAUCUGUUUUGGAUUGUUAUAGCUGCAGGCGUGUUUUGUGUUUAGUGGUCCCAGUUACUAAGCAGUGAUUCAGUUUAUUAUUUCUGUGAAAGUGUAUUUUAUUAGAUCCACUGCUUGGUUCUCUUCUGGGAUCACCCCUUUGGAAGCUUAAUAAUGAAUAAUUAAAAUGCAUACAUUUUACAAUACUCUGAACAGAGGGGUCUUCCCCUACAUGUUAACGUUUUGCCUUGCCUACUUUUUUUUUUUUCUUCCUCCAUCACUGCAGAUUUUCAAGCCUUGUUAACUUUGAAAGCCCUCCUGUGCCUUUUUGUGUCUGCAUUAUUUUAUAUUUAUAGUUCAUUAAUGGAGGCCAUCUGAAAAUUGAGAGCAUAGAGGUUUACCUGUCGGCUUUAGAAGCAAUUAUACUAAUACUUUAGUGAUGGAACCAAAUCCAUCGAAGGACAAGGGCUUCAUCUGCAGUGCUUGGGCCGUAUAUAUUUUUUGUCUUUUUUAAUUUUAGUAAGGUAGUCCUAUAAAAUGGCUUUUAUCCAUAAAUGGAGGUUUAACUAUGUGAUACAACUGCACAGUUUUGCAUGGAAACCAUACCUUACUUGGCUGCUGUAGAAUUUUUUUUUUAAUUUUUUUUUU